GGCAGGAGCAAGGUUGGUUGGGUCCACUCUUGCUACACAAAUUCAAAUCUCCACGAUUUCUCCAUAUUUGUCGCCCUGAAGAAGAGGAGAGUUGACUCUUAACUCCGUUCGAAUCACGGUUGCCGAUCAUGGCCACUAGGAAAAAUCUGACCACAACUAAUCACCUCCGUCAUGUGGAGUCAAUGGCGACUCUGCCAUCGGGUGCUGGCAAGAUAUCAGAGCUGAAUGCUGUGAUACUCGGUGAGUCUCUUGCAUCCGAGGAGGACGAUCUCAUCUUACCCAGUCCCGAUUUCUCCCAACAGGCUUACGUCCCCUCUCCCCAAAAGUACUUGGAGAUGUACAAGAGGUCAAUCCAAGACACUGCUGGCUUUUGGUCUGAUAUUGCAUUGGAAUUCUAUUGGAAAGAGAAAUGGGGUCAACAGGUUUACUCAGAGAAUCUCGAUGUCACAAAAGGGAAUAUCAACAUUCAGUGGUUCAAGGGUGGUAUCACCAAUAUCUGCUAUAACUGCUUGGAUAAAAACAUAGAUUCUGGGAAUGGCGAUAAAAUUGCAAUUCAUUGGGAAGGAAAUGAGCCUGAUCUGGAUGGCUCAUUGACUUACAGACAACUGCUUGAGAGAGUUUGCCAGCUUGCAAAUUUUUUGAAAGACAAUGGUGUUAAAAAGGGUGAUACUGUAAUUAUUUACUUACCCAUGCUCAUGGAACUGCCAAUCGCGAUGCUGGCAUGCGCCCGCAUUGGUGCCGUUCACUCGGUUGUUUUUGCUGGAUAUUCUGCAGAAUCGCUUCUCCAAAGAAUUAUGGAUUGCAAACCAAAGAUUGUGGUAACUUGCAAUGCGGUUAGAAGAGGGAAUAAAAUAAUCAAUCUCAAAGACAUUGUUGACGCUGCACUCUCAGAAUCAUCUCAAAAUGGAAUCUCUGUAGAUUCAUGCUUGACGUACGAAAAUGAAUCAGCCAUGAAGAAGGAAGCUACUAAAUGGCAAAAAGGAAGAGAUGUUUGGUGGCAGGAUGUCGUUCCAAAAUACGCUACUAAGUGUGAUGUGGAGUGGGUUGAUGCGGAGGAUCCACUUUUCCUUCUUUAUACUAGUGGAAGUACUGGAAAGCCCAAGGGUGUUCUGCAUACUACAGGAGGAUACAUGAUAUACACUGCAACAACAUUCAAAUAUGCAUUCGACUAUAAAGAAUCUGAUAUAUACUGGUGUACAGCCGACUGUGGUUGGAUUACUGGACACAGCUAUGUUACUUAUGGACCUCUGCUUAAUGGAGCAACAACUGUAGUUUAUGAAGGGGUUCCUAACUACCCAGAUUCUGGACGCUGCUGGGACAUUGUUGACAAGUACAAGGUGACGAUAUUCUACACUGCUCCUACACUGGUGCGGUCUCUUAUGCGUGACGGCAACGAGUAUGUUACUCGCUAUUCUCGUAAAUCUUUACGCGUCCUUGGUAGUGUUGGUGAGCCGAUCAACCCAAGUGCAUGGAGGUGGUUUUUCAAUGUAGUUGGAGAUUCAAGGUGUCCCAUAUCAGAUACCUGGUGGCAAACAGAGACGGGGGGCUUCAUGAUUACUCCCUUGCCGGGCGCAUGGCCUCUGAAACCUGGUUCUGCCACUUUCCCAUUUUUCGGGGUUCAGCCUGUCAUAGUGGAUGAGAAGGGAAAUGAAAUUGAAGGUGAGUGCAGCGGCUAUUUAUGUGUUAAAAGCUCAUGGCCAGGGGCAUUCAGGACUCUCUAUGGUGAUCAUGAGAGAUAUGAAACGACUUAUUUCAGGGCGUUCCCUGGCUAUUAUUUUAGUGGUGAUGGCUGCAGUAGGGACAAGGAUGGAUAUCAUUGGCUUACAGGGAGAGUUGAUGAUGUAAUUAAUGUCAGUGGACACCGUAUUGGGACGACAGAAGUUGAAUCCGCUCUUGUUUCACAUCCCCACUGUGCUGAAGCAGCUGUUGUUGGUGUUGAGCAUGAGGUCAAAGGGCAGGGCAUAUAUGCAUUUGUUACUCUGGUGGAGGGUGUUCCAUACAGCCAAGACCUCCGCAAAAGCCUCGUGCUUGUGGUUCGAAACCAAAUUGGAGCAUUUGCAGCUCCUGACAAAAUUCAUUGGGCUCCUAGUCUUCCAAAGACAAGAAGUGGAAAGAUAAUGAGGAGAAUUCUGCGGAAAAUUGCCUCUAGGCAGCUAGAUGAGCUGGGGGAUACAAGCACGCUAGCAGACCCAAGCGUGGUUGAUCAGCUUAUUGCUCUAGCUGAUUCCUAAAUUUACCAACUCCAUCCCUAGUUCAAAGUCAACAAAGUUGUUUUGGAUAAUGAAUGACAAAUUACAUUAGACAAGGUACACCAGAAGCUGGGAUGGAAAUCUAUUUUGAAGU